AUGUCUAAGCAAUUUAGCCAUACCACGAACAACAGGAGAUCAUCGAUUAUCUACUCCACGAGUGUCGGGAAAGCAGGGCUAUUCACGCCUGCAGACUACAUCCCACAGGAGUCAGAAGAAAACUUAAUCGAGGAUGAAGAGCAAGAAGGAAGUGAGGAGGAACCAACCCGGGCCGGCGAUGAAGAAGGGAUGGAGAGGGAAGGCGAGUACCAUUCGUUGCUAGAUGCCAACAAUUCGCGGACAUUGCAACAGGAAGCAUGGGAGCAGGGCUACGACUCGCACGACCGCAAGCGUCUGCUGGACGAGGAGCGGGACCUGCUUAUAGACAACAAGCUGCUUUCUCAAAACGGCAACAACGGAGGAGACAUAGAAAGCCGUGGUCACAACCAAGUACCCGGGCCAGAUGCCGAGGAAAGGCCCACCGAGAUUGCAAAUGCAUGGGAGAGUGCCAUCGAGAGUGGCCAGAAAAUCAACACGACAUUCAAGAGAGAAACGCAAGUCAUCACGAUGAACGCAUUGCCGCUCAUCUUCACUUUCAUCCUGCAAAACUCAUUGUCACUAGCGUCCAUUUUCUCUGUCUCACACCUGGGCACGAAAGAGUUGGGCGGUGUGACUCUGGGGUCCAUGACGGCUAAUAUCACGGGUCUUGCUGCUAUCCAAGGCCUGUGCACAUGUCUGGACACGCUAUGUGCGCAGGCAUACGGCGCAAAGAACUACCACCUGGUAGGUGUGCUCGUGCAGAGAUGUGCCGUGAUCACCAUCUUAGCGUUCUUGCCAAUGAUGUACGUGUGGUUUGUUUGGUCGGAGAAAAUUCUUGCGCUAAUGAUUCCCGAGAGAGAAUUGUGCACCCUAGCGGCCAACUACCUACGUGUGACCGCGUUCGGUGUGCCAGGGUUCAUCCUGUUCGAAUGUGGGAAAAGAUUCCUACAAUGCCAGGGCAUAUUUCAUGCGUCCACCAUCGUGUUGUUCGUGUGCGCGCCUUUGAACGCGCUGAUGAACUACGUACUAGUGUGGAAUGACAAGAUCGGGAUUGGGUACCUGGGCGCGCCUCUGUCGGUGGUGAUCAACUACUGGCUGAUGACGAUCGGACUGCUAAUAUACGCAAUGACGACCAAGCACAAGGAGAGACCCCUCAAGUGUUGGAACGGCAUCAUCCCCAAAGAACAGGCUUUCAAGAACUGGCGCAAGAUGAUCAACUUGGCCAUCCCUGGCGUGGUGAUGGUGGAGGCAGAAUUUCUCGGCUUCGAAGUGUUGACGAUCUUCGCCUCACACUUGGGCACGGACGCCUUGGGCGCCCAGUCCAUCGUCGCCACCAUUGCGUCUCUCGCAUAUCAGGUACCCUUUUCUAUCUCCGUAUCUACGAGCACACGUGUGGCCAAUUUUAUCGGCGCGUCGCUAUACGACAGCUGCAUGAUCACGUGCCGCGUGUCAUUAUUGUUGUCGUUUGUGUGUUCGUCGAUGAACAUGUUUGUUAUUUGCCAUUACAAGGAGCAAAUCGCAAGCCUGUUCUCCACGGAGAACAAUGUGGUGCAGAUGGUGGUAGAAACACUACCCCUGCUCGCGUUCAUGCAGCUAUUCGACGCAUUUAACGCGUCGACCGCCGGAUGCCUACGUGGCCAAGGCAGACAGAAGAUUGGUGGCUAUAUCAACCUGGUCGCCUUCUACUGUCUGGGUGUGCCCAUGGCAUACGUGUUAACCUUCUUGUAUCACCUGGGCGUGGGCGGUUUGUGGCUAGGUAUCACCAGCGCCUUAGUGAUGAUGAGCGUUUGCCAAGGCUACGCAGUGUUCCACGGUGACAAGCGCCUCAUCCUCGGAGCGGCGCGCAAGCGUAAUGCCGAGACCCAUGCAUCAUGA